CUUCCUCUCCGGCAGCCCGGCAGCUCGGCAGCCCCGCAGGCCCACUCGCCGCUUCGCCCUCCUCCUCCUUUCCGCCUCCGCGGUGCGCACCCCCGCGCACACCCAGGGAUUCCGGCCGGCGUCGAGCCCUCGGCGCUUCGCCGCCCGGCCCGGGCACCUCCGCCGCAGCUGGGGCCCGAACGGCGGCCACGCAGCCGGUGUCCUUCUCAGGCGGCCGCUCCCGCGUUCAUCUCCGGAUGCCAGCACUACGUUAGCCCAGGCGGGGAACCCCUUCUGCGGCGCCCUCCUCUAAACUCCCGCCUGUCCCGGCCGCCCCCACCCCUCCACCUGGCGGGGGCAGCGCGGAAGCGAAGAGGACGCGCGCGGUGCUGGUGGGCACGCGUAGACGUGUGUGCGACCCGCUCUCUGCUUGGCAUUCUCCGUCUCUUGCAAGGGACGGUGCCUGGACUCUGCUUUCGGCUCCCGGAAUUGGUGCGGCCGGCCUGAGCCCCCUCUUCGCUGGCGUGGCGCUAAAGGCUAUUUUGGAGAACGGUGGAGGUGGCCGCGGCGGCGGCGGCGGCGGUGGCGGCGGCUGAGGCUGGUGCCCGAGAAAGCUCCAGACUCACACUCUGCACCCUGUCGGUCCCUCUCCUCCUUCUCCCCCCUCCUCCCUUCCCUUCCUCCCCACCCCCGUGCCCCUAGCCCCACUCCUCCUCUUCCUCCUCCUCCUCUUCCUCCUCUCCCCGCUCGGCGAUGCGAGCCUGUAUCGUGUAACAGGAUUGGCGUUGCAAUGGCAACUGAUGGAAUGGGGGAAGGCAAGACAGCAGGGCUGGGGGCUCCGGACUGCGGGCGGGCCGGCCGCUGCCGCCGCUUGACGCUCCUCCGGGGACCUUCGCGAGUUACUUUGUAAAGGCGAACCCAAGCGAGGAAGCCCCUGCUCGGUGCCCCGAGUCAGAGGCCACUUCCUGCUCCCUGGCUGCCCGCGUCAGGCUCGCACCGCUCGGCACACCCGGCCCCUCGCCAGCACCCGCCGCCGGCCCAGCGCGCCGCCGCCGCCGCCGCCGCCGCCGCCGCCGCCGCCGCAGCCGCUGCGGAGACUCCAGCCCGCUCCCCUGAAGAACACUUCGCCUCCCGGCCCCGCUUCCCAUCACGCCCCCUGCUCCUCCCCGGCGUCUGCGAUUUUCCCAGGCGCCCAGUGUGAGUGAGGCGUGCGUGUGAGUCUGUGUCAGGGUAUUGUGUUGUGGGAGUGUGUGUGUGUGUGUGUGUGUGUGUGUGCAUGAGUGUGGGGUGUGAGGGGCUCCUGCGCUCCGCUCACGGCCACCGCCGGGGAAAGACGGACGGACUGCGCUUCCCUCUUCCGCGAGCGGUUCCCGGGCACCUCGGCUCGGCUGGGGAGCGAGCGGAGCGCGCCCGGCUGGCCGCCGGCCUCCAGAAGGUCCCGCUGCGUCCCCCCUGGGCUGGAUAUGUUCAUGUUCACGUGAAGAUGGAUUUAGUGUACGGUCUCGUGUGGCUGCUGACAGUCCUCCUGGAGGGGAUCUCCGGCCAAGGAGUGUACGCUCCCCCCACGGUUCGUAUUGUGCAUUCAGGCUUGGCCUGUAACAUUGAGGAGGAGCGCUACUCGGAAAGGGUCUACACUAUACGGGAAGGAGAAACCCUGGAAUUGACCUGUCUGGUCACAGGACAUCCACGUCCACAGAUCAGGUGGACCAAAACAGCAGGAAGUGCCUCUGACAGAUUCCAAGACUCAAGUGUCUUCAACGAGACUUUGAGGAUUACAAAUAUUCAGCGACACCAAGGAGGCCGGUAUUACUGUAAAGCAGAGAAUGGCCUGGGGUCCCCAGCGAUAAAGUCAAUCAGAGUGGAUGUGUACUAUUUGGAUGAUCCAGUAGUAACUGUUCACCAAAGUAUAGGUGAAGCUAAAGAACAAUUUUACUAUGAGAGAACAGUGUUCCUCCGGUGUGUUGCCAAUUCCAAUCCACCUGUUCGGUACAGCUGGAGACGUGGCCAGGAGGUGUUACUACAAGGGUCUGAUAAAGGAGUUGAGAUUUAUGAACCCUUCUUUACCCAGGGUGAAACAAAGAUAUUAAAACUAAAGAAUCUUCGACCUCAGGACUAUGCUAAUUAUAGCUGCAUUGCUUCUGUGAGGAAUGUAUGUAAUAUUCCUGAUAAGAUGGUGUCAUUUAGACUUUCCAAUAAAACAGCAUCUCCGUCAAUUAAACUCUUGGUGGAUGACCCUAUAGUUGUAAAUCCUGGAGAGGCCAUAACAUUAGUAUGUGUUACGACAGGAGGAGAGCCUGUACCCUCUCUCACCUGGGUCAGGUCCUUUGGGACUCUGCCUGAAAAGACUGUUUUGAAUGGAGGAACUUUAACCAUACCUGCCAUCACCUCAGAAGAUGCUGGUACUUACAGCUGCAUCGCCAAUAAUAAUGUGGGAAACCCUGCAAAAAAGUCUACCAACAUCAUUGUGAGAGCAUUAAAAAAAGGACGAUUUUGGAUCACACCAGAUCCUUAUCACAAAGAUGACAACAUCCAGAUUGGGCGUGAGGUGAAAAUAUCUUGCCAAGUAGAAGCUGUUCCUUCUGAGGAGUUAACAUUUAGUUGGUUUAAAAAUGGUCGUCCAUUAAGAAGUUCUGAACGGAUGGUUAUUACGCAGACUGAUCCGGAUGUCUCCCCGGGAACGACAAACUUGGACAUCAUUGAUUUAAAAUUCACGGAUUUUGGGACAUACACAUGUGUAGCAUCUCUGAAGGGAGGAGGAAUAUCUGAUAUCAGUAUUGAUGUUAAUAUAUCCAGCAGCACAGUUCCACCCAAUCUGACUGUUCCACAGGAAAAAUCACCUUUGGUCACCAGAGAAGGAGACACAAUAGAACUGCAGUGUCAAGUGACUGGAAAACCUAAACCCAUCAUCCUUUGGUCUAGAGCGGAUAAAGAAGUUGCAAUGCCUGAUGGGUCAAUGCAAAUGGAGAGUUAUGAUGGAACACUGAGGAUUGUGAAUGUAUCUAGGGAAAUGUCAGGAAUGUACCGAUGUCAGACCAGCCAGUACAAUGGAUUUAAUGUGAAACCAAGAGAAGCCUUGGUGCAGCUCAUAGUGCAGUAUCCUCCUGCUGUGGAACCAGCAUUUCUGGAAAUCCGGCAAGGACAAGACCGCAGUGUCACUAUGAGCUGCAGGGUCCUGAGAGCCUAUCCAAUACGGGUGCUGACCUAUGAGUGGCGCUUGGGAAACAAAUUAUUACGGAUGGGUCAAUUUGACUCUCAAGAAUACACAGAGUACCCGGUGAAGAGUCUUUCCAACGAAAACUAUGGGGUUUAUAAUUGUAGCAUCAUAAAUGAAGCUGGAGCAGGGAGAUGCAGCUUUCUUGUUACAGGAAAGGCCUAUGCUCCAGAAUUCUAUUACGAUACCUACAAUCCUGUGUGGCAGAACAGACACCGUGUUUACUCCUACAGUCUACAGUGGACUCAAAUGAAUCCUGAUGCAGUAGAUCGGAUCGUUGCAUACCGGUUGGGUAUUAGGCAGGCUGGACAGCAACGAUGGUGGGAACAGGAGAUUAAAAUAAAUGGGAAUAUUCAAAAGGGAGAAUUAAUUACAUAUAACUUGACUGAGCUAAUUAAACCAGAGGCUUAUGAAGUCCGACUGACUCCUCUCACCAAAUUUGGAGAAGGAGAUUCAACAAUUCGUGUCAUCAAAUAUAGUGCUCCUGUUAAUCCUCAUUUGAGAGAAUUUCACUGUGGAUUUGAAGAUGGUAACAUUUGUUUGUUUACCCAAGAUGAUACAGACAAUUUUGACUGGACAAAGCAAAGUACUGCAACAAGAAAUACAAAAUAUACUCCAAACACUGGACCUAACGCUGAUCGUAGUGGCUCCAAAGAAGGUUUUUAUAUGUACAUUGAGACAUCUAGACCCAGAUUGGAAGGAGAAAAGGCUCGACUUCUCAGCCCUGUUUUCAGCAUAGCUCCCAAAAACCCUUAUGGACCCACGAACACUGCAUAUUGUUUCAGCUUCUUUUAUCACAUGUAUGGACAACAUAUAGGUGUUUUAAAUGUUUAUCUACGUUUGAAAGGGCAGACAACGAUAGAGAAUCCACUGUGGUCUUCAAGUGGGAAUAAAGGACAACGAUGGAAUGAGGCACAUGUUAAUAUAUAUCCAAUUACUUCAUUUCAGCUCAUUUUUGAAGGUAUUCGAGGUCCUGGCAUAGAAGGUGACAUUGCCAUUGAUGAUGUAUCAAUUGCAGAAGGAGAAUGUGCAAAACAAGACUUAACGACUAAGAAUUCUGUUGAUGGUGCUGUUGGAAUUUUAGUACAUAUAUGGCUUUUUCCAGUUAUUGUCCUCAUCUCUAUCUUAAGUCCUCGAAGGUGACCUUACCCUGGCAGAGGCUAUAAAAGAUUCACCAGGCACUGGCAUGAAGAAAGAGUCUUUGUAAAUGGACAUUGAAAAAACAAACUACCAAAGAUUCCUCCACUGACUACUGACUCAAAAUAAAAUAAUAAAAACAAAUUUUUUAAGCACUGGGGAUAAAAAGACAUCAUGGAAAUAUAACUUAUUCCGCACUACAAAUAAAAGAAAAUCUUGACCUGAGUAGAGAAGAGACCUUCAGGUGCUUUCGUGGCUAAAAAGAUUACAGCGUCAUCUGGUCAUCUGGUUGAACUCGAAAAAAGAAAAAAAAAAAAAAGAGCUAUAGAAAUCCUUGUCAAAGCACAAAGUCAUGGCUGGUUUUGUUUCAAAUGAAUAGUUUGCUUGUUACCAUGGAAACCUAAUGGCCUGCCAACAAAAACCUCACUGUAAACAGGGUACGUGAAGAGCUGGCAUUUAUUUUCCUUUUGAGAAGGUUUUGCAUAGAGAAUUAAAUAAAUGUAGGCCCUUUUACCUUUGGUUGUUACCAUUCCUUGAAAAUAACCCGAACUCAGAAUUAUUUACAAUAUUCUUCUUCCUCCCCACCUUAUCCCCAUCCCACCUUUAUUAUUAUUAUUUGUUUUCCUCCCAUGGCUAAGCUAGAUAACUGUAUGCUGUCUCUUUUUGCAUGCACUACUAUCCAGGAUGGUAAACCUGGGCUUACAUAUUACACAGGCUUAUCGGAGUUUGCUUGCGGCCACUUGAACACCCAAACUAAGUCAUCUGUUCCAACGAAGAAACCAAACCAUCACCUUUUAUAAAUUGCCAUGGAAACCAAGUGCCUUCAAUGAAACAAGCCUGAAUAAUUUUCAACUCAGAAGUUUGCACUGCUAAGAGUGGUUUGUGUAAAACUGUUUUAUAAACAAACUACAGAGCCUAAAUGUGCAAAUUACAGGCAAGACAACAAAGCCGCUUCUGAAGAAGAAAGGACCGAAGCUGCUGCGUAAGCCCAUGCAGACAAGAUAUUUGUUGUUUGACCUCCUAGACAGCCAUGGCCUUUCGGCUUAUUGUCCAUUAGAAAAUAACUUCCAUUGAGACCAGACAUGGGAGCAACACUUUUUUCUUCCAGGUUAUUAAAUGGGUCAACCAGAGCAAAAGGUUGUUAAGAUAAUACUUAGCGCAGAAGGUGGUGAAACAGGAGUGAUUUUUUACUCUAACCUCCAUUUGAAAUGAAAUUGGCCCUAGCUUUAGAGGGAACAAGAAAAUGUUUGUGAUUGCAGUACAUACAAACUCUACAGUGGAACUGGGCCUGAAAAAAUCUGGCUUUAUUCUAGACACUGAGGGUAAUAUGCCUCUGCCCUUUAGUCAGACUCUGUGAAAAUUGUGAAAUAUUAUUUUAUUAUUUUACCAAGAUUAAAAAACACUUUUACAAAAAAACAAAAACCUGUAAAAAUGAUUUUGAGCUACCUGAGGACAAAUCAUACCUUUAACCAGCCAGUUUUCCAAUGCAUUGUAAAUUUCACUUAAACCUGUUGGUUAUGAAAAUUUGAAGAUCUUUUUCCUUAAAUUAUCUCAGCUUUUAACUUCAUUUAAAAAGACUUUUGUCUAAAGAAGAAUAUUAUUAUUAUUAUAUGUUCUUUCAACACCCCAGGAUUAAAAAAAAACUGAUUAUGCAAGUAAUUGGGAUAUAAGUAUUAAAUUAUAACAUUUGCAAAUAUUAAUAUAAAAAGCACAACAAAAUGUAGUGGAAAAAUGACAAAGCUUGAUUUUUUAAAAAAAAAAUUCUGUAGAAAUGUUUGUGCAAAUUCAGUAA